AUAACGGAGAACCGUUUUACUCCAACCUGUAGUUCAUCGCCAAACGUCAAUGCACAAGAAGUUAUAUUUCGUCUUCGAGUUAGAAGCAGACAAGUAUUAAACGCAGAAUAAAAAUGAUCAAGUCACUAGCAGUCUUCUAUUGCAUUUUCGCGGCCAUCGUUAUGACCCAGGCAGCACCGGAAAAGUAUACUACCAAGUACGAUAAUGUGAACAUCGAUGAAAUUCUAGGCAACGAUCGUCUGGUUACCAGUUACUUCAAAUGUCUUAUGGACAUGGGUAAAUGUACACCGGAAGGCGAGGAAAUUAAACGUUUGAUACCAGAUGCAAUAGAAAAUAAAUGCGCAGACUGUUCGGAAAAACAAAAACUGGCUUCCGAAAAAGUUAUCAAAUAUUUGUACGAAAACAAGAAUGAUAUGUGGAAGGAGCUUGAAGCAAAAUACGAUCCUCAAGGAACGUACAAACAACGUUAUGCUGAAGAUGCGAAAAGAUUGAACAUUAAAUUCCGCGCUGACAAACUGUCCUAUUGUAAAUCCUCAAUGAACUAUGUAAAACUAAGAGGUCACUUCCGAGUUCCGGGCGGAUUAGCAUUGUUUAAAAGACUGCACUUCAUCGUGGUUCUCAUGUACGUCGUAUCAACAGUGAUGUGCGGUCCUAUGCCACGGCCGCUGUGGUUCGACGACGACGAUGAGAAAAUCCAAAACGAACGCGCGAUCGACCGCUUCAGUACUAAACUGGUAGGAAAUCGGAGAAUUCGCGAAAACUAUCUCGAUUGUUUUUUAGACAGCGGGCCCUGUAGUCCUGAAGCCAGUAAUAUUAAACCAGGGAUGAUUCCUGAAGCGAUACAAAAAGAAUGCGAACAUUGUACAGAAUUACAAAAAAAAGUGAUUGAAAAAAUGAUGUGCUACCUGAAUAAUCAUCAACCAGAAAUAUUAAAAAAAGUAGCUGCUAAAUUUGAUCCAAAUGGAGAAUAUAUGAAGCAAUAUAUUAAUACAUUAGAAAAGAAUCAAAAUCAACCGUCUUUAAGACCACAAUUACAUCAACCACAACAACCUCAAAACUCUCAACAACACCAUCAAAACCCACAACAGCCUCAACACCCACCACAGGCUCAACAUCCACCACAACAGCAUCAACACUCACCACAGCAGCCUCAGCAACCACCACAAAACCCACCACAACAGCAUCAACACUCACCACAGCAGCCUCAGCAACCACCACAAAACCAACGUCCUCAACAUGGAAAUGAAUGUGAAACAUGUGAUCAAACUUAUCAGCCUCAUCAGCCUCAACACUCACCACAAAAACCUCAAAACCCUCCGCAACACCAUCAAAACCCACAACAGCCUCAACACUCACCACAACAACCUCAAAACCCUCCGCAACACCAUCAAAACCCACAACAGCCUCAACACUCACCACAACAACCUCAAAACCCUCCACAACACCAUCAAAACCCACAACAGCCUCAACACUCACCAAAUCAGUCCCAACACCCACAACAACAUCAACAACAAUCAAAUCAACAUUCACCACAACAACCUCAAUACCAAUAUAAACCACAACAAAAUGAUUGUGAAACAUGUGAGCAAAACCAGGGUCAUCAGUAUCAACACCAAAACCAACAUCAACAACAACAUCAACAACAGUAUCAUCAUGAACAACAAUUGAAAACAACGGUAGUGACAUCAUCACCAAUAGCUUUUGGAACUCAGAAUCAUUGAUUCUAAUAAAAAUAU